AUUUGCCAGUGAUGAAGACAGUCCAUGAAGACCGCCAAUUAGACUUGGACUACUCCUUGAGCAGUGAUAUUGCAGUGAAAUCGAGGAGCAUUGAUAUAUCUUUCAAGGGCUUAAUUUCUGUACAUGGACAGGCUGUGGACACUGACUCAAUAAGGGCAGGCAAAGAACCAGUUUUCACAGAGACUAACAAGAUGAUCUAUGUGGGCAUCUCUGAGUUCUUCUUCAAUGGGGCUGCCAUUGCAAUCUACAAUUCAGGACCAUUUGAAGUUAACGUUCCAAAGAUGGAAAAUGCCCCGAAACUUGCCCAGAACAUUGUGGGAAUUAAACCGGGUCUUUGGACAGUGGAGCUGACUAAGGCUCCAAUCAUUGAAAUCCGUAAGGCUGGACUCUUUGCCACUGUGAAUUUCAAAGCACAAAGUGAAGCUCACCGAAAAAGUUUUCUUAAGAUCUGCAAAGUUAAAAUGGAUGUCGAAUUCAAAGAACGGCUCCUCAUUGCGAAAAUUCAAAAACUAAAGUAA